AGCUGGGGGAGGGGCUAACGCUGGGAGGGAAAGAGGGAGGUGAAGGGACUGCUCCUCUGUCUAAAUGCCUGGCACAAGAGUUCACACAACAGGCUGCCGACUUACAGACCUGCCUUAACUCUAUCAAAACCACCGGAUGGGGAACACCUGCUCUCCUGGAGCUCGGAAAGCACAGCAUACAGGAGUCUUCCAGCAGCAGAACAUCCCGUCGGUUGCCUCAUGAAGGAAUGCCUCUAUGGGACUGUGCACAACAAAGACAAGAGAGAGAGAAUACCGCUGACGGGAGGGGGGCAGCCGGAGGGAGAGGGGGACAUUGUUUGCUUGUGGCUGUGGGCGACCGAAAAGCAUGGGUCAUCUUGCAUAAAGUGUGUGUGUGUGUGUGUGAGUGUGUGUGUGUGAGUGCGUCUGUGUUUAAACCGGGAUUUGUGUGUAAGUGAAGUCCUGUUUGAGCAAGUGAAUGUGAAGGUUUUCACAUGUUUAUACGUCUGGAAAGGAAGGCCUCUCAAAGGAUGCUGAGAGGAGACAGGUUUUUUGUUCUCCUGUUUGAAUGAUGACGGAGGAAUGCCGUUUGUCCUCCUCUAUGCACGGGGGUAAGAAAGUAUGCACCCCAACCGACACAACCGCCUCCUCUUUCUGGACUCAUUCAAACUUUCUCACUGAAACCAGCAGAUGCUGUGAUGCCAUCAGAACCACUUCAGUUUCAUCGAUUAUAUACGGGUGAAAACAGCUUGCAAGGAAUUUGGCUUAAAUAAGUCCGUUUCACUAUACUGUAGUUUAGAUGACACCUGUAUGUAUGGCACAGGGAUCCAAUUAUCCCGUGGACUGAAGAAUCAUGGGUAACCUAAUUAGCAGACCUAGCUGUUUGGGACAAAAGUCCAAACAAGUCAAGUCAGAGGUGAGAGUCUUGAAAGGGUGCUACCAGCAACGGAGAGAAUGGUCGCUCCCAGAGCCUCCUAGAGAAGAAACAAGGAAAGAGGACGUGGAAGAGGUUCUUCGGCAAACUCCAACACCGGAAAAGCAGAGGAGUUCCCCAGCCCCUACUGUCACCACGACCAGCACUCUGGACAACGCCUGGCGAAGCACUCCAUCCCCGGUAAAAACACCACUAAAUGAUUCUUUGCCCAGAAGGAGUAAUAUUCCGGAGUAUAGAAGGUCCCCCCUGAGUCAGUAUGGGUCCGUGGACAGGAGAGGCAGCCUGCAGAGAAGGGAUUCUGGAAGUCCCUGGUCCUGGAAGCCUCUGAACACUCGAGAGGUCACUGAAGUCACAGAGGUGACAGAGACGAUUGUUACAGAGAUUGUAGAGGUGACAGAGUAUCCUUCUUCAGGGAAAGGAGGUGACCCUAUUGUUACUAGAACUGUUAGAGUCCUUACUGGAGCUGCUGGGGAACUUGCAGAGGUGCAGAGUGAUGGUCAAUCGAGUUCAGACCAGGAAUCAAGUCUAGAUCAAUGGAAGGAUGGCAGAAGUGUUGUGACUCUGAAAGAUGAGUUCAGGGAUCCGUUGAAAUUCCAGCAAAAUCUGGAAAUGCUGCUGACGUGGGUCUGCGAGAUUGAGGAGCUGGCAGCCAAUCAAAAACCACCAUCCUCAGAGUUUAAAGUGGUGAAAGCACAGCUGCAAGAACAGAAGCUCUUACAGCGCCUCGUAGAGGACAGGAGAGCCAGUAUGGAGACCAUGAUGCAGGAGGGUCCACACCUGGCAGAACAGCUUCAGGAAAAUGAUAGUGAAAAGCCCAAAGUGCAGCUUGCACAGCUCAAGCUCAAGUGGGAGGCUCUACUUCAGGGCGCCAACAGCAGACACAGGACUCUGGAGGACAUUCUGCCAAGAGCUCAGCUAUUCCAGGAGAUGACAGACAGACUUCAGCAAUGGCUGAUAUCUGUGGAUCAGGAAUUAGCUGAGCUCCGCUCUGCAGAAAGAGGGAUGCUCCAUCUGCAGGAAGCCACAGGACAGGCCAAGGCAGUCAUGGAAGAGAUAAAAGCUAAGAGUGUCGACCUGGGGAAACUCCAACAAUGUGCUCGUGAGCUCAUGGAAAAGAUUUCAGAGGAGGAAACCCAGCUGGUGCAGGAGCAGGUAGACAGUCUGCGUAUCCGGUACUCAGUGAUGAGUCUGGGUAGUGCUGAUGUCCUGCAGAGGCUGGAACAGGCUUUGGAGGCAUCUAGUCGAUGUACCUCCAGUCAGGAAGACCUCCACAUGUGGCUUGGUCGAAUCGAGAGAGAGCUGCUUGCUCCUGCUGCCAAUAGCCAAUCUGGGGACGCAGUCUUGUGUUCUUCUGAGAGGCAGAAGCUUGAACAGGCUGUUGAGAAAGAGUUGGCUUGGUUUAAAGACACAUCACUGGCACUGGAGGAGCUCAGAGCCAUUAAUCUGGAACCAGACAUCAUCGCAGCCAAGUUCAAUGAGCAGAAAAUACUUGCUGUAGAGAUUCUGCAGCACAAGUUUAACAUUGAGAAAAUGGUGAAGAUAUUGGAACUCCUGCAGAUGUACACUGGGGAUGGGGAGACACUGAGACUCCUGUCUUCCAUAGACACCUUACAGGAGCAGUAUCGAGUCACUACUGCCACCAAUUCCCAAGUCUUGCUUCAACUGGAACAUGCUCAGUCGCUCUUGUCUCAGUUCUCAGAGGGCUAUGCUGAGGUUUUACCAUGGUUGCAGGAAACCAAAGCCCUUAUUGGCCAGUUUACCCUGAACACCAUCAGCUAUGAGGCUUUCAGAGAACAACAGGACCUCUUACAGAGAAUCAGGGAAUCCACAGCAGAGCAUAAGCCACUGAUAGCACGGCUGAUCAUGCUGGCCCGGCGUCUAUCAGACCUGAAUACAGCUCAGGGACAAGAGUUCUGCCAGAAAGCUAGGGACACUGAAGAGCAGCACCUGUCCAUCAGAGACAGGGUUCGAGAAGCUGCUGGAGUACUGGAGGAGUCUCUGCCCCGCUAUACACAGCUGAAUGAGAGGAUGACUCUGAUUGGAGAAAGACUGGAGCGGCUGUGUAGUCACCUGCAGGCCUCAAUGGCUCUUCAAGGCCUCACCCCACGAAUUCAAGAGCAGCUACAGGACAACAAGCACACAUUGUCUGAGCUCUCCAAAAUGGAUCUGGACCUCAGUAGUGUGAGGACACAGGCUCAGGAGCUCCUGUCCAACACAGGGGCUCUCGCGGGUAGUUCUAUUGGCACGGCUAUCCAAGAGCGGGUUUGCAGUCUAACGGGCCGCUGGGAGGAGGCUCAAAGACAAGCUCAGGAGAGGGAGAAGUUGCUUCUCAAUCUCCUGGAUCUAGCGGUCAGGUUCUGGAAUGAUGUGAGUGACAUGACAUCUGGCCUGAAUGAUGCCCAGCAAGCUGUUCUGGACCUCAACUCCAGUCGAUCAGAUUCAGAAACCAUUCGACAGAGCCUAGAGACCAUGCAGACACUCAGGGAGGACAUUGAUUCUCUACAAGGUGACCUGGACACACUGGGAAUUCUGGGAAUGGAACUCAUGUCAGCAUGUGGUGACACAGACAAGCCAGAGGUCACCAAAAGUUUGGAUGAGCUUUAUGGAACAUGGAACAAUCUCAGUAAGAUCUGGACAGAGUGCAACAGUAAGUUAGAAGAAUGUUUACGAUUGGCUCUCCAUUAUCAGGACAGUAUGCAGGGUCUGUUUGAGUGGCUGAAGUCUGCAGAGCUGAAAUCCACCGAAGGUUUCUCAGUGGGAUCUGACCUAGGAUCAGUUAAAGAGCAGCUGUGUGACCUGAAGGAAUAUAAGCGAGAGCUCUAUCAGAAGAAGAUUGAGAUUGAGAGUCUAAACCAUCGCUUUGUGUGUCGCCUCUCCCCGGGCACUGAGCGGCCUGGGUCCGUCUCUCCACUGUGUGACUUCCGUCAGCGAUGGGACGAUCUGGAGUCAGAGACUGUCAGUAGACAGCACCAGUUGGAGUGUGCACUGCUGGGCUUGGGUCAGUUCCAGAACACGCUCGAUGAGCUGCACGCCUGGCUCUCCCACACAGCUGACCUUCUGCAGGCCUCUCAGCCAAUCAGCAUUGACCUGCAAACCUGUGAGAUAGAGCUUGCCAAGCACAAGGUUCUGCGGAACGAUGUGAUGUCCCAUGUGCACACGGUAGACUCUCUGAACCUGGCCGGCAGAAACCUGAUGGAGUCUGGGGCAGGAGAAAGUUCACAUGUCCUGCAGACUCGUCUGGAACAGCUGAACGAACGCUGGGAAUUUGUGCGCUGUGAGACAGAGCGCAGACAGCUAGAGCUGGAAAAUAACCUCAGUCAGGUUCAGGAUGUGAGCAUGGAGGUCCAGGAUCUCCUGCAGUGGCUGGAACACACAGACCUGAGGCUGUCGUCCAGUAAGACGGUGUGGGGAAUGCCAGACUCUGCCAGCGAGAGACUGAGCGCUCAUUUGGAGUUGUGUAAUGAGAUGGAUUCUAAAAUGCACACUUACACAAAUGUGCGCAAAGCGAUCCACAGGAUGCUGGAGGGCAGUGAAGUGGCCCGGGGCUCCAGCACGGAGCAUAGCUUAUGCAUGCUGGAGCAGAAGUGGAGCGCUGUCUACGCAAAAAUGCAAGAAAGAAAGGCAAAGUUAACAGAGGGACUUGGUCUGGCCAAGGAGUUUAACAGUAAUGUCCAGGACCUGCUGACCAAAAUGGCCAAGUGUGAGGAGACCAUAAACACUCUGUCUGUGCCCAGCUUCAUCCUGGACACCGUCUGCGCUCAGCUUCAGGAGCACAGGGUGCUGGUAGGUGAGGUGCAGUCUUACGGAGAGAGGAAGACGAGCGUGGAGACCGCUGCCACACGUCUGUCGGAGCUCAGCAGGAAGGAAGACUACGAUGUGGUGCAGAACCUGAUCAUGACCGUCCAGGACCGAUACAAGAAACUCCUCCAGCACACCGCAGACCGGGGGAAAACACUCGAGGACGUCAGAAGACAUGCUAAACAGUUCAGUGAAUCAUGGCACUUGCUGGUGGACUGGGUGACGGAGGUUGAGCAGACGCUGGACACACACAAAGAGAUCUCUGUGUCGCAGGAAGAGAUCAAACAACAGCUCACUGAACAGAAGGAGUUCCAGAAGCUGCUCCGCUCGAAGCGGCCGAUGUACGAGGCCUGUCUGAAGAGUGGCCGCUCGCUGCAGGAGAAAGCCCAGAGUCCUGAAGACACGCAGCACCUGGAGAACAUGCUGUCUGAGCUCAGAGACUCGUGGGACACCAUCAGCGGUAAAUCCAGCGAGAGGCAGCACAAGCUGGAAGAGGCUCUGCUGUUUUCAGGCAGAUUCACUGACGCUCUGCAGGCUCUUAAUGACUGGCUGUACAGAGCCGAGCCACAGCUGGCUGAAGAUGUGCCUGUCUGUGGGGAAAAAGAGCUGGUCAACAAUCUGAUCGACACGCACAAGGUGUUCCAGCGGGAGCUCGGGAAGCGUGCCGGCUGUAUCCGCACACUGAAGCGCUCGGUCCGGGAUCUGACGCGGAGCAGCACGGCCGAUGCACACCGGCUGCAGGAGCAGAUGGAGGAGCUGGAGAGACGCUGGGAGGCUGUGUGUAAACUCUCUGUGUCCAGACAGACUCGACUAGAAGCCGCGCUGCAGCAGGCGGAGGAGUUCGAUGGGAUGGUUCACUCGUUCCUGGAUCAUCUUUCGGAUGUUGAGAGGGUCCUGAAGUACGGAGUGCUCCCUGAGGAGGAGCAGGCUCUUCUGGCAUUUCUUACCUGUCACCAGGAGUCGAUGAGCUCCUUGAACGCUCAGCAGACGGCGCUGGAGAACAUUCAGAGACUAGGAGAGGAGAUCCUGUCCUCCUGCCAUCCAGACUCCAUCAUCACCAUCCGAUCAUGGACCAGCAUCACAAACACUCGCUAUGAAGAGGUCCAGACGUGGGCGAAGCAGCAGGCCGCGAGGAUCCAGAGCACGCUGUCUGCUCUCGAGGCAGAGAGAGAAGAGAUCCAGCGAUUACUGAACUGGAUCUCCUCCGCUGAAGAGACUCUCGGUCUGAAGGAGCAGGAGCCGCUGCCUGAGGACCUCGAGCUCACCGCAGACCUCAUCACACAACACACGGAUUUCAUGGAUGAGAUGAAAGGGAAGCUACCAGAAAUCGAAAAUGCCACAAAAUCCUGUAAACACAAGCUGGUUCCCAAGCAGCAGGUUUCUCCCAGUCGCAAGACACCAGCAAAGAGGAGAGGCACAGCGAAGCCCCCGCCGUCUGUUCCUCUUCCACUGGAGAAGCUGGACCCUCAGACACCCGUCAUGUGUCAGCUGGUGAGUCAAUGGAGGAAACUCUGGCUCCUGGCCCACGGCAGACAGAGCAGACUAGAGGAACAUCUGCAGAGGCUGAAAGAGCUGGAGGAGUUUGCUAAUUUUGACUUCAACAUCUGGCGGAGAAGAUACAUGCAGUGGAUAAGUCACCUCAAAUCCCGGAUACUGGAUGUUUUCCGUAGCAUUGAUCGAGAUCAGGAUGGCCGGAUCACUCACAAGGAGUUCAUCGACAGCGUGCUGGCCUCUAAGUUUCCCACCAACUCUCUGGAAAUGACUGCGGUUGCUAACAUAUUUGAUGUUAACGCCGAUGGAUUCAUUGACUACUAUGAAUUUGUGAGUGCCCUCCAUCCAAGCCGAGACCCUUACAGAAAGACAAUAGAUGCAGACCAAAUCAAUGAGGAGGUGAGUCGUCAGGUCUCUCAGUGCAACUGUCCAAAGAGAUUUCUAGUGGAGCAAAUUAGCUCAAAUCGCUACAGGUUUGGCGACUCUCAGCAGUUGCGGAUGGUUCGUGUUCUCAGAAGCACUCUGAUGGUUCGAGUCGGCGGUGGAUGGACGGCAUUAGAUGAGUUUCUAGUGAAGAAUGACCCCUGCAGAGUAAAGGGACGCACAAACCUGAAGAUAAAGGCGAAGUAUCUCUCUCCGGACGGGUUCGAGGCGUCGGGCCGCAGAGGCAGUGCUAAAGGCCUGACCGUCAGCAGAUCCAGCUCCAGUCUGAGUUUAUACAGCAGCGCUUCGGCUCCCAGCAGCCCACUGACACGCAAGGCAUUGCUACGCAGAAGUUUCUCUGGUGAGAGGUGCAUUCAACCCAGGAGCUCUAUCGCAGCUUUAGGGAGCGAGCAUUUCUCUGCCGACAUCGACUCUCCUUCACCUACAGCGAUAGAAAGACCACCAACAUGAACACAUCUUGUCCCGUACCAUGAGCUCAACCAGGCAGACGAUCCUGAUCCACAGGAUGGACAGAAACCACUCGAGCAGACCUCAGAUCAGUGGACACAGCUGGUCACUAGUGCUCUGAGGUGUGUUACACCAUCCGUUUCAUAGCAUAGCAUUGACUUUUUACCUUCACAGACUCUGUUUUUACAAAACGGACUCCCUGCUUUGUGUGUAACGAGAGAGCGCUGGAAUGUUUCGCAUGGGUUUGAGCAGCACGACGCCUGUAGUAUCAAAGAGCAAUAGCUUAUGUAGUGCUUUACAUAGCAUACAUGUAUAUGCACAGCUCUCUUUAUUUUCUGUAGUUGCCUGAUGCAGGGACAAAUGUUCAAUCUGACCCCGUGUCCUCCACUGCCUUUGUAUCAGUUUCACGACACAGUUAGUGAUGCAAAAUACAAACCAAAAUACUGCUGUCUGAUGGUUUAGGCUUUAUGAUACGCAGAGCUUUUGGGGUCCAUGUUAAUGUUUUGUGUAAGUGUGGCUAUUAUAUCCUCAGGUCUGAAGUUCUAGAAUAUUUCAGGGUCUAGAUUAUGAAUUUAAAGACCACAUGAUAUAUACCAGCAACAUGUCACCGUUAGCAAAUAAUAAAUACUGGUUAACGGUGGUAAAUGAGCCCCAGAAAUACAUGACUUUGCUUACAUUUCCUGAAAUGUGUAAAUAGCAAAUAGCAAAACCAGAAAUACAAUCGUUCCAGGUACAUUUUUACAUGACAUGUCUACAAGAGUUGGUAUAAGCUAGUUUAUAGUUGUUCCUCAUUGCAGAUUCAGAUUUAUUUAGCAGCACAGUGUCAUGUAAAAAAAAAAAAAUGAAGUAAAGAAAAUGUGCCUAUGGAUACACAAUGGUUGCAAAAUGACCUUGUGUUGGUUAAAGCACAUUUCAUGGCAGUUCUGAAUAAAAAGGUCUGGUGUCUGAUGCUAAACGGCAUGAUCAAAUGUCUCCAAAACAGUUAAAUGUGACCGUGGCAAUGUUUCAUUACACUGGUUGUUGGUAAAAUAUUCUGACUUUUCAUCUGUCAAAUCUAACCUGUAUUGUUUACAAAAGAAAAUGUGUGAUAAAAACACAUUUGCUGAAGCAAACAUGCCAAUUUAGCUUUCUAAUUACUUUACCAGGUGUGCUACUUAGCAAGUUUACUGCGUCAAAAAUGCCACACAUACUGAGCUGAUUAUGCAAUGCAAAUGACAAAAUGCAUUCAUUUACAUGUAAUUCACAAUGGUAAAAUUAUUCUGUAUUGAUAACAGAGUAUUGUGCAAGACAACAUGCAAACUCUGUGUGAAAAGGAACAAAAGUUGUUAGCGUUUACUGUUCAUUUCAUCUGGAAACUGCAAUCAAAUGUAAGCAGAGUCACGUUUAACUGUGCUGUCAAUAUUCUUAUUAUAGCUUAAUCGUAAAAAAACUAUCUGCCAUGAUUCUUUGAUAAACACUAGAAGUUGGAGCUUAAGAAAAUCGUGGUAAUUAUAACUUCAUGAUGGUGUAAAUACAAUCAUUCCAACAUGACUUGGACAAACAAGAACAUGAGGUCUUUAAAUACUUUGAGUCUGUUUAGAGAUGUUCUUUAGCAUUUUAGCAUUGCGUUUGCUGUAUGUCUCUCUAAUUUUUACACCUCAGUGUUUGUAAAAUGUAUAUUAGUGUAAUUUCCAGUCUAUUUUUUGUUGUUGUUGUUGUUUGUUUCUUAUUUGAUUUUGAACAAUCAUGCCACCGGUUGUAAUAACUUCCUUUGAGGAUUUGAAAGUGUAGGUCUCAAUGAGAUUAGCUGAAUUAUACUCAUCACAGAUGCUCCAGCUGUGAUUUUUGACUUUUAUUUUAGCCAAACAAAGCAACAUUGAUUUUUUUUUGUUUGCCUUAAACCUACUUGUGAAUGUUUGGAGUUGAAUUCUUGUACCAUUGUACCAGGUUGUUAAGAAUGUAGCAUUUGAUUCGAAUUACAGUACAUAUCAAAUAUGUGUGUCUUUUAAUUUUGUGCAUAUGCGGUUCAGUUCUCUUAAUUUUGAGUUGAAAUGGGUUUGGAGGGUUCAGGAUUGCUUAACAGGCAUACUUUGCUUUAGCUUUUUGCUUUGCUACUCUGUUUCAUCUGAGAAUCUUCAAAUGAAGGAAUAUUAAUAAAACAUUUAGCCAAAAAUAUGACACAUUUAUUUGCAAUGGACUUGCAAGAAAUAAUAAUUUCUGGCAGUGAUUGAUUAGAUAUGCAAAAUCCAUUUGACUCUCAAAAACUCAAAAUUCUGUGAUUAUUCAUCAUCUUAUAAAUGCUGGUUUAUAUAAUGCAUUUCUGGAAAGAGAUCGUCUUCUAAUAUGCACCUGCUGUUAUUGUACUGUAAAUCUCUGAUGCUGUAAAUAAUGGUAUGUUCAGUAGCAUUAUUGCUUGUUUACUGUACAUUUCUGAUUUUGUAAAAUAAGGUUACAUAGAAUUUGAGAUCAGCGCUGAAUUACUUUUAGUUGUGGAAUUACACUAAUCAUACUUGUAAUUAUAAAUCUGUUCAAAUAAAAUGUUUUAUAGAAAGUUGUGUAUAAAAUGGUCUAUAAACUGUGCAUUUUUGCAAAAUUCAGUGCUAAGAAAAGACCCAGGCUGAUGUACUGUGGUAAUAAGGAGUUUUCCAUAUUGAUUUUUCACAACUGUUUGUGCCAUAUUUAGAUUUACACAUUUAAUGUUGUGUUUUGACGUUAAAGGAAAUCUGCUUAAACUUAACAGAUUAAAUUUCUUUUCUUAUGAUGAGGGACAACAAAUACUAUGACAAA